AAAUAGUGUUGUGAAGCAAAAGCUGGACCAGGAAAAGCAUAACAGCAACAGCAACAAGGGUCUGAGUCUGGAUCCUCAGAGGAAUUCUAACCACCACCACCAUCAUCAUCUUUAUCAGAAACGAAACCAGGUGACAUCGACUUCAGGACAUGUAGGAGAGGCAGAAGAAGAAGAGGAACGAGACCACUCAGGAAAGCACCACCAAGAACCACCGUCUCAAGAACUGUUCCAGCAAAGUCAGCUACUUUACGGAAGAAUAGUAGGAUCUCACCACCACCAACCACCGCCGCAGCCACCUCCAAGGAAACGCUCUUACUUCCCUUCUUCAUCGUCACUGGAGCCCACCACUGAACAUGCAAAAUUGCGGGAAAAGAUGGGAGAGAGCAGUCAUCAUAACUCAGCAUCAUCAUCAAGGUUAGGCCUAAGAAACAGUAUUGGUGGAGAGAUAGUGGAGGUACAAGGCGGCCACAUUGUCAGGUCCACCGGCAGAAAAGACCGGCAUAGCAAAGUCUGCACAGCUAAAGGUCCCAGAGACCGCCGCGUCCGUCUAGCCGCCCACACCGCCAUCCAAUUUUACGACGUCCAAGACCGCCUUGGCUACGACCGGCCCAGCAAGGCGGUGGAUUGGCUCAUCAAGAAGGCUAAAGCUGCCAUAGAUGAGCUUGCGCAGCUCCCGCCUUGGCAUCCUACUAGCUGUUCUGCGCCAAAUGCUAGUUUCGAACAAGAGGAAAUGCAGAAGAAAGUGGAAGAAGAACAGCAGCAACAGCUUGGUAUACACCACGCUGAUUUGGUGAUUAGUAAUAUUUCCGGGCCUUCAAGUAAACGGGCAAUGACGAUGCUGGGAGGCGAAGAUGAGCAGCAACGUCUGCAACAGAGCGGCAAUGUGAACAUUCCUAAUGCACAGAAUUCAAGCUUUUUGCCUCCAUCUUUAGACUCUGAUGCCAUUGCUGAUACCAUCAAGUCUUUCUUUCCAAUGGGUGCUUCGGCUGAGGUCAGUUCCUCAGCUAUGCAGUUCCAGAACUUCCCAACUCCCGAUUUGCUAUCAAGAAACAGUGGUAAUAGCCAAGACUUGAGGCUUUCUUUGCAGUCAUUUCAAGAUCCAAUUUUGCUCCACCACCAGCCUCAGCAGCACCAAAAUCCCACUCAACAGACUGAACAAUCACAUUCACAAGCACAAGUUCUACUGAGUGGCACUCCGCUGGGGUUUGAUGGAGCGGCAGGCUGGCCGGAGCACCACCAGCAGGCAGCAGAACUCAGCCGCUUCCAGAGGCUUGCACCUUGGAAUUCUGGUGGAGAAACUGCCAGUGAGAGUGGUGGAGCAGCUGCAGGAUACUUGUUCAAUUCGCCACCAGCACCACAGCCGCUGCUGCAGCAGCUGUUAGGCCAUAACCAGUUUUUUUCACAGAGGGGACCCCUUCAGUCCAGUAACACACCUUCGAUUCGUGCUUGGAUGGACCCAUCUUCCAUAGCAAUUGCCACGGCUGAUCAUAGCCAACAGCAACAGCAACAGCAACAGCACCACCACCAUCCAACAGUUGUGCCUAUCUAUCCAUCAUCAAUGCCCGGGAUUGGUUUUGCCUCCGGAGUUGGUGGGUUCUCUGGGUUUCACGUUCCUGCACGAAUUCAGGGUGAUGAAGAGGAGCACGAUGGCUAUUCAGACAAACCAUCCUCUGCUUCCUCUGACUCUCGCCACUGAGUCCGGCUCACGAAAACAAGUUUCCUCUCUUCUCCCAUUAACAGGGCUUACAACUACUCAGCAGUAAACACCAAGAACUGAUGGAAAUCUUCCAUGUUUCUUCUGUAAGAUGAUAUGGGGAAAGGUGGGGAAGAAGUUUGACUGAGUUUUACUCGAUGGCAGCUACCGCGAGACGAAGAUUUUGAUUUUAGUUUCAGGUUCUUCAACUCCGGUUCGCUACUCUACGUCAGUUGUUAAUCAUUUCCAGCUUUAGUUUCAUAUUCCAUGUCUGAAUGAGCAAGUAAACUGCAACUUGUUUCAAGUGAUUUGAAUUGCUUUCUGUUUUCUGUUGUUAGACUCAUCCUGUUGCUAUUACUGUUUUGCUACUAUGUAAUGAAUUCCCACCACAUGAAUUAGGGUGAAAUGCUUUACUGAAAUUAGUUUUCAGUUCUUGGCCCUUGAUAAGCUAAUCUGGAUGUCAAAAGUCUGACCUUUUCUGUGAGAAUAAUGCAAUCAAACCUGGAUGAGGGCCA